UUUUACCUCCGAGCAGAUCGUAAUACUUCACAAUUUCUUCAUAAAAACUAAAAUUAAAAUAAUGCAACUACCUAUUACUGUUUUUAUUUGUAUAGCACAUACGCUCUCCACUAUAAACCUGCAAGUAAGUCUGUUUAUUUAAUACAUUUCUUUUAUUUUGUUGUAUAAAGUUUAUGGUGUCUUUGAGUACUAAAAUAGGAUACCUAUAGACUAUUUAUUUGUUUUUUCAUCCACGUGACCAAGAGAUAGAUAACUCUUGGAUAAACAAAACGGAUUCGAUUUUCAAAUUAUAAAUCCAAAAUUCAAGACUUUUCAUCCAAUCUCAUGAGUUACGGGAUAAAAAGUAGUCUAAAUAUAUGUUCGAAAAUGUAAACCUAAACUAAUCAUUGCUUGUGAAAGUUUCGUUGAAAUUGAUUUAGGUUGAACAGAAGAAACACGCAUGCAGACAGAUAAUUUAAUUUUAUUUAGAUAAUUAGAUAAAUUUAUGUUGACUAAAUAGGUAUUGAAAAUAAGAUAAAAUUUAACUGAUUCCAUAUUUUAACAUGGCAUAAACAGUGCAUAUAAUAUCGAGAAACCAAUCUGAUAUUAGAAAGCUAAGACAAUCAAUUUUUUUUUUUACACGAUAUAAUUUUCGUUUACAAAUUUCAAAUAAGUAUUUUCGUCUCGAUUAGCGCAGUAUUAUAGUGGCACUAAAGUCAUAACUUACUAAUAUUCUGCUGCAACCGGGAUGUUUUUAAAAUUAUUAAAAUAAAUUCAUCGAGUAAAUAAUCUUAAAUUAAUAUAUUGUUAUAAAAUAUAUAUAUUAUUAUUUCUUUUUAAUUGAUUUCAAAUCUUGUCGUACACAAUUUUUUUUUAUUAUGAAAAUCUACCUAAUUAAAUUUUAUUAAUACACAUUUCUUUUAGAAUGCAGGCGUAUCAGGCCACGUAUGGGGUAAACUAUUCAAAUUUAAAUGUUUGUUUUGUGAACCUAAUCAGACCCGAAAUAGAUCGCACACAGUAAGUAAUCAAUGUUAUCAAUAAUAUUAAAAUACUUUAUAUGUUUGAAUAAUAUUAUAGUACUUCAAUCAAAUUGAUUUAAUUUUUUUUUUCCAUAAAGGUAUACUGUAGUAGAGAAUACACAAUGAUAAAAUAUGAUUAGAUGACUACAGAAAUGAUACGAAAACCAUUAUUAUUUUUUUAUGGAAUUGAGACUUUAUUAUAAUAUAGUGUAGCAACACGAAUUUAUUUUAUUAUACUAUUCACGGAUUUGUAUAAAGGUGUUAUUCCAAUUUUAUACACAAGGGAGAGAGCUAUUGUUUGUGUUUUUUUAGCAUACCUACUCAAUUGUUUAUGAAAAGUUAGAUUAGAGUUUUUUAAAUAAUAUGUAAACAUUUUGUGGGGGAAAAUUAUACGGUCAAUUUGGAUGAUUUUUGAAAAAUCUUAGCUUGCCUCCCCCGUAUGUUAUGCCUACGUAUCCAAUGUCUAUAUCAUUCAUUCUUGAAUUAUAAUUUUUUUUUUUCAAAAUUAUUUAUAUUAUUAUACAAAUUUUACAAUCAUCUUCUCAAACAAUCGACUGAUAUACAUUUAUUAAUAAUUAUUAAUGAUAUUUAGAAUAAGUUCACAAAUUAAUUAUUUAAUUUAUUGUAGGUAAUAUAAUUGUUAAUUAUGACGUUUCAAAUAUAGUGCAAAUUUAAAGAUAAACCUACUUAAUCAUAAAAAUACUACAACGAUUUAAACAUGCAUUGGUGAAUAAUUGUUAUUCGUCUUAUAUUUUUAGCAUACAACUGCAAUAUCACUUGCGACAAGUACAACUGUUCGCACCACGACAGAAUUCAUAACGCCAUCCAGUACAAUUUUUCCAAAUAAUGUAUGUAGAUACAUAUUAUAAUGUAUUACAUUUAAGUAUUACAAUCUUGAAAAGUUAAUCUAUUUUAAAUUAACAAUAUAGUAGUAUAGUUAGUUUGUGUUUAGACUGUUCCGAUUAUUGUAAGUAUCCAGGUGGGUGACUAAUUGUCAUUUAAAUAAGGGUUAAGAAAAAAAAACCACUGUUAUUUUAUUAACGAGUUUAUUUUGUUUAAAUCAUUUUUUAAACAGGAUUUUAUUAAACACAAUUUAUUUGAAUAAAUAAAAACCCGAAGUUUGUACUUAACAUUUUAUAUUUUGAGUAGUGGAGAGAGAAAUGUAUUGGUUAAUCGAACUCUACUCAGAAUCGUUUUUCGUUAGCAAUGGUUAAUCGUUGCGUAUAGAUAUAUUUUCAAUUCUCCCUCUACCUUUCUAACCUCUCUAUUACAACAGUGGCACACCCAUAUGCGUAUUACCGUCUUUUUCUAUCUCACAUUAUAAAACGUAUAUAUUUUAAGGUACAUAAAUAUUUUUCUUUAUCUUAGAACUUGCAAUAUAAUCUGUAAAAUUACAGUAAAAUAAAAAUGCUUGUAUUAAUACUAUUAAUGUAUUAGGUAUCAAUGAUUUGUAAGCAAUAUAAUUUCAAAUAAAAAUCGUACAUUGAGUAAUUUGUUCGUUCAAAACGUUCACGUUUAAUUGUUUAAGCUGUUUCAAUCAUAAUAUGUUUAAAACACUGAUAAUUAGGUAUUAUUUAUAGUAUGGUGGUAUAAAUAAACAGAUUUUAGAAUAUCUAAUGAAAUAAUUAAAAUUAAUUUAAUUUGUAUGUGUUAUACAGGGUACGGAUAUACCGGAAAUACUUCCCAAAUCAGAAGAUGUUAUAUCAUUCUUUAGUUCUGAGAUAACGUUGAAGAAUAUAUCGUUUGAAGGAAAAAGAUCUGCAUUUUCUCUUCUAUGUACAUCAGGCUUAAUAACAAACAAUCAAAUACCUCCGGUUGUAAUUGUUAACAUAAUCAAAAUGAUGGCUUCGUCAAAUAACGUCUUAGGUAUUUUUUAUGAUGAGAUGAUGUUCAAUGCUGUGUUGAAAAUGAUAACAAAUCAUCCUUGUGUAUUGAACAGUGUAUCGACUAAAGUUCGCAUUCGGUUUUUAUAUGGAUUGUUGUCAUUGUCACCCGGUAUUUUGAGUGGUAUUCCUAAACCAGCUUUUAUUUCCAUCCUAGGGAUGAUUUCCUCUCCUAAUGUUUUAACCGCUUUACCUCUUUCGUCGACCAUGAAUUUAAUUACUGCGCUUUCAUUGUCUAAACCUGUAUUUAACUGCUUACCAGAUGAAACAUUCUUAGCACUGUUAAAAUUUUUUGUCGCAAAAUCUCCAAAACUAAUAUGUCAAUCGUUACCACCAUCAACUAUUUUCAGUUUUUAUGAAGGAAUAUUCGAUAGAAUAAACAAUGAACUCUUUGUUUAUGGAAGUGCGAUACUGCCAAAAUCACUUAUCAUAGAGAUUAUCUCUCCUAUAAUGACGUCACGUAUGUUGAGUGUAUUUCCAAUUCAUAUGUAUGACAAAUUGUUGAAAACUAUUGAAUCAUGUCCAAAAGAAUUUCCUACGUCUAAUAUGAUUUGUCUGUUCACUGUGUUAACUAAAUCUCCAAUAAUCUUUAACUCAUUAAAUCCUUAUUAUCUUACACAAAUAGCAUUGGCAGUAUCACAUAGUAUGCCUAAGGUCUUAACCGAAGAACUGGAAAUUUCAAUGGCUUAUUAUUUGCCAUCUGCGCAAAAUUUUUUUUACGGUAAAAAAUAUCCUUAUGUUUAAAAUAAUGGAACGACGGAAUAAUAUUGUUGUGCUCUCUCUUUUGUAGAAUUGUUUAUUUGUUUGUCAUGCACACAAUUAAUCGAUCUAUAUAAAAAUAUUACCUAUUUAUUUUUUGAAUGAUACUUGUAUUGAGAUUGAUCACCGAAUAAUUUUACGAAUCCUUUUCUUUUUUAUUUCAUUAAAAAAAAAAAUAUAUAUAUAUACAUAUAUAUACUUAUUUUUUUGUGCCGUUUAAUUGUUUUAUUUUUAUGAAUCUACCAGUCACUAAAACUCCUAAUAAAUAUUUUCAAUUUGACUUUAUGUAAGAACAUGGUGUACCUAUAUAAUAUUAUGUAUACUCAUAUCUUUAAUUGUCAACAUUAUAGAUUAAUAAUUUAUAUGAUUAUAUGAGUACAUACGUUUGUCACAGAAGUAUAUAAAAUAUAUACAUACCUAUAUAUGUAUAUUAUAUAUAUUAUUCUGUUACAGUUAAAACCCGAAAUCCGUCAAAACUAAUUUUAACUAGUGAAAACUGGUUUCCAUAAAUCUCUUUAGUCAAUUCUAGUUUUGACUAGUUAAAACUAGAAUUAACUAAGACCUUCACCGGUAAAACUAGAUUUAACUUAUUUCUGUUUAGUUAGAACCAGCUGUGUCUGAAAUAUAUUAGUGAAAACUAGAAUUGUCUUGCGAAAAUCCGUAAUUUUUAUUUUGAUCGUUUAAACCAGUUGCGCGAGACAAACACACACGUAGGUACAACGAAUACAACGAAAAAAAAAAACGAACCGGCAAAACUGAAAACACGGGGACGAAAGCUACAGUGGCCGAAUUAUUAUCUAUUAGGUAUAAUCGGUCGAAGUUAUCAUAUCUAAAAGUUAUUUGAUGGACGACUGGUUAAUGUUUUCUUAAUUAAAUUGAUAGCUGGCCAAUCGCAUUUAUGGAACAAUGUUUAUAGAUUGCGUACAUUUUAGGUAGUGGAGGUUGGAAUACAUGCGUUUCAGUAAAAAACUUGUUUUGACCGACUUAUUUAAAUCUGUAUUCAAUUCUAGUUUUAACUAAUCAAACCUAGAAAUUACUAAAGGGAUUUGUGGAAACUAGUUUCUACUGGUUAAAACUAGUUUUGACGGAUUUCGGGUUUUGACUUUAACAGUAAUAUCAGGAUAAAACAAUGCACAAACGUGUUGUGGUUUUGUGUCUAAACGAUUCGCAAUUUGGGUUAAAAUGCCCAAACGCUUUGUAACCAAAAAAAAACCGUAUUACACGAAUAGUAUAAACUGUUCAGUACUGUCAGGUUGUAUGUUAGGCUCCUUAAAGUUCAGCCAGAUACUUAUCAUUUAUAAUGAAAAAUUUAAUAGUUAUGAUUACAAACUGAUAACAAAGAUG